AUGUGCUGCCAGUAUGUUUUAAGUCUUCCUUUCAAUAAAAAGUUUGUGACUAGUAAUACAGUAUUGUGUGUGUCACACAAGUUAUUUAGCGAAAAUAUUCCACUAAUAAAGGUAGUAAUGGAAAGAAAUGAGAAUAAUAUGGAAAGGAUGUCGAAUAUCCCAGGAACGUCCAUCCCGACUAUCAAAGAGUUAUUGAAAGAAGUUCAAAGCAAGAAAUUUUUUGAAGAUGACGAUAGAUUUACUACAAAAAUGGAAAAUAAUUUGAUUAAAUGGUAUCCAUCUAUAUCUUCUCAUAAUGGUACCAUAAUGGCAAUAAAUAAUACACAUCCAUAUCAAUUGAAGACUCCCACGCAUUUCAAGACAUGGUUUAAAACAAAAAACUCUAGUAACGAUAAUAUAGUCAUACUGUAUGGUAAUGACAAUGAGUCCUUCAAGUUAUCAGCAAGAUUAGAGAACAAUUCUUUGACACCAAUUGCAGAACCGGUGACCGUAACUGAACAGGAAAACAUUGACAAUUUAUGUAUCAAUAAUAUUGAAGAUGUGUACAAAUCAUACUACAAUGUUCCCAUACCACCAAAAUAUGUUGAAACUAUAAGAAGGUAUCAACAGCAAACAAAUGAAAUAGACAAUAACGACCGUGAAGAGACUACCGCGGUUGAGUGGUUUCAAAAUUGUUUUGCCUUUUGUAAUUUUGAUUGA